AUAUAAUACAGUCGUGCGACCCUGCACAGUGGAAAACGAAAGUACAAAUUGCGAUUAGUGUUGAUAGUAAUUAGGUUCAAUCAGAGUAUUCGAAAUGAAGCAAUUCAUUGUUUUCUCCGUCCUGAUUGGCCUUUCGCUGGCUCAGUUUCCCAACGGAAGGAUACUGGAGGCGCCUAAUCCACAACUUUGCGCCAACCGAAUUGUCCACGAACGAGCGCCGGAUGGUAAAGGAUACUUCUUCUCGUGGCGCGACCCAACGCUGCAAGGUGUCGAGAAGGAUUGGCUGGACGCGAGAAACUUCUGUCGUCAGCGGUGUAUGGACAGUGUAUCGGUUGAAACAAGUCCCGAGAAUGAGUGGAUCAAGCAGAGAAUUGUUGAUGGAAAGCAAAAAUACAUAUGGACCAGCGGACGUUUGUGCGACUUCAAGGGAUGUGAUCGCCCUGACCUGCAGCCAGUCUCAGUGAACGGAUGGUUCUGGACAGCGGAGUUGCAAAAGUUGGCUCCAUCGACAGUUCGUAACCAGAAUGAUUGGUCCGAAAAUGGAGGCAUUGGCAAACCUCAACCCGAUAACCGUGAGCUAUUGCAGGGUGGAGCUCCCGAAAAUUGUUUGGCUAUCUUGAACAAUUUCUACAACGAUGGAGUCCACUGGCACGACGUUGCGUGUCAUCAUGUGAAACCAUGGGUGUGCGAAGAGAACGACGCUCUGCUGAAGUACGUCAAGUACACCAAUCCCGGGCUGCGCAUCUAAGAGGAUCGUAGCUUGUAAUCCCAAAUAUAAUGUUAUUUUAUAAACUCCCAAAUCAUCUUCAUCCGUUCAAUAUUCUGUGUUGUUUAUUUUUGUUUCAACCUGCUGGUUUGGAAAAUACAAACACCUUUAAGUUAUGUUAGAUCUAGAAUGUUUAGACUAAGAUUUGGACUAUCGAUUCAAAUAUGAAACACAGUUUUUGCUGCCAGGUUAGGUGGAAAUCAGACGUAAUAGUUCUUAAAAUGUUGAUCGGUAAUGAUUAUAGUUGUAGUGUUUUUCGUAUUUAUUGAAUAAAAGGAUACAAAACAAUA